UUUUAGCCGUCCACAUACACUCGGAUCCUGCGAUGUUUUGGCACCAGCUGCGGCUUGCGUCACCGUGGCGUCAGAAUUCUGUGAAUGCGCGAGCUGAGAGCAGCCUUGGAGAGGCAGCGCGAGCGUACAGUGCGAGUCAGACGAGCACCUGAUAAACACGGCUCUGAUCGACCAGAUGAUGCAUCUGGCCGUUCUCUCUUUCAGUCUCCACUGUUUUAAAAGCGUUCCGCACAGUGACUGUAAUGUGGAGCGUGCGUUGAACAGAAUCGACUCGUUUGAGUUUCAUUCCUUUGCGCACUGGACGCGUUUCAGCGAAUCAUAAUGAAUGACAUAAAAGUUGCAGUUCUGGGAUCCGAGGGUGUCGGGAAAUCAGCACUUAUUGUUCGGUUUCUAACCAGGAGAUUUAUUGGAGAAUAUGCAUCGUCAUCAGAGUGCAUUUACAGAAAGCACAUGUCUAUAGAUGGAAGACAACUUAAUCUUGAACUGUAUGACCCCUGUUCUCAGCCAUGCGAGGGGAAGUCCACACUCAACGAUCAGAUCCAUUGGGCCGAUGGCUUUGUGGUCAUUUACGACAUCAGCGAUCGUUCCUCUUUCCUCACAGCCAAAGCCAUAGUGCACCUGAUCCGAGAGCUUCACCUGGGAGGGUCUAAAAGGGACACAGACUCUGUGAUUUUUCUGGUGGGCAAUAAGCAAGACUUGUGCCAUAUGCGGGAAGUGGACAGGGAGGAAGGCCAGAAGUUGGCGUCCGAGCGCCGCUGUCAGUUUUACGAGCUGUCUGCUGCGGAGCACUACCAGGAGGUGGUACUAAUGUUCUCCAAGAUCGUGCGCAAUGCCAGUCUGGGAGGCAGGGCCAAGGAGCGGCGCCGUCGCCCUAGCGGUUCAAAGUCUAUGGCCAAACUCAUCAACAAUGUCUUUGGAAAAAGGCGGAAAUCUGUUUAAAAAUGUACUUGGACAAUUGUUACUGGACUGACGUAUGAGAUGUGCCACAGUUGUUUUUAUAAUUCCUUACCGCUUAUUGUUAAUGCCACACUGUCAUUACCAGGUAAAUCUUAUGAAACACAUCAAGAACAUGAACACAUUUAACCCCUUAAAUCAAAAGAAAACAAACAUUUUCUUUGCUUCAAUAAAAUUAAGCCUGUUUUAUUACCAUUUUGCAUUGGAACAAUAUUCUCAUGUCAUUUAGCUCAUAAUUUCUCAUGAACGCAAUGAAACAAAUAAAUAUAUGUGUGUGUGUGUGUGUUUAUGUAUGUGUAUAUAUAUAUAUAUAGAUAUAGAUAGAUAUAGAUGUGUAUGUGUGUAAUAUUUUAGGAUUGCACUAAAAUAAAAUAAAUCUGGACGUAUUAUGGUAAUGAGAUUUUUACAUUGUGGCAAUGAGAAAAUGUGCCCAUUUCUUAUCAAAAAUAAUGUCACAGUGUAAAACAUUUAAAAUAGGCUUAAUUUUGUUCAUGCAAAAUAUAAAAACUUAAUUUUCUUCCUUUUGUUUACAGCUUUUUGCCUUAAAUGUUUUUUUAAUUGAUUCUAAGGAUGUUUAAAUGUCAGAUUUAAAAAAACAACUAAGGACAUCACUGAUAUUUCAGCUGCCAAGUCAAAGUGAACUCUGAGGUUGUAAACUGUUAGGUAGCUUGUGUAGUCAUAGAUCAAAUGUUUCUUGUGUUUCACUUACCAUUUGUUUGUGCAGUAUAUGAAAAUCCUCCCUCGCUGUUUGAUGUAAAGUGUAAACACUUUCUAAAUGAUGUGACAAUGACAAGCCAUGACAUUAUGGAUUUUGAAUGAUUUAUGGAUCUGUGCAUUAAAAUGUGACCAUUUUCACCAAA